AUGGGUCUUUGUAAGUGCCCAAAAAGGAGAGUGACAAACCAAUUCUGUUUUGAACAUAGAGUAAAUGUUUGUGAAUAUUGUAUGGUAACGAAUCAUCCUAAGUGUAUUAUACAAUCAUAUCUUCAGUGGUUACAAGACAGUGAUUAUAAUCCGAUUUGUGAAAUAUGUACGAAUAGUUUAGCAGACGGGGAAUGUAUACGACUUACAUGUUAUCAUGUAUUUCACUGGGAGUGCGCAGAAUCUCGAUAUCGCGCAUUGCCUCGCACGACAGCCCCUGCUGGAUAUCAAUGUCCUUCUUGUGCAUCCCCUGUUUUUCCACCUUCAAAUCUUGUAUCUCCAGUCGCUGAUGUGCUAAGAGAAAAACUGGCUGGUGUCAAUUGGGCUAGGGCUGGUUUAGGAUUACCCUUGCUUUCUGAAGACCAAGAUUUAAAAGGUGCAGCUGGAAGACGUAGCCAAUCUCCUAAUCACAAUCAAUACUUUACAAAUAUAAUGGAUAAUCAAAGAGGGACACCUGUUGGGGCCAGUGAUGAUGAGUCCUUAAAUCGAUCAGCAGCAAGCACACCUCAUUCCAUAGUUCAAAUACCUGAUGAACCUGUCAAUAUAUAUGACAAUACAUCUCUUAAAAGGAAUGAUAGCUUACAAAGUGGUCAAGCAUCCAGAAAAGCAUUCAAAUCUAUAGAUCAAACACCAUUACUAAAUUUUGAUCAUGAUGAAAAUAAAUACAAACAGAAAUCUACUUUUGCAUGGAUAAGUAGGUGGUGGAAAAACACACUUCCAUCAUCUCGUGUAAGGAGAGCAGGUGGCAUUCACAGAAGCUACUGGAUCAUGUUAUUGGUGUUUGUAGCUAUAAUCGUUUUGCUGCUUCUAAGCCACAGAAAUGUUGAGGAUGAUAACCCAUUUGGUUCUAUCCUUGAUGAUGACAGAAGAAUAUUACAAAAAAAU